CCUUAAAAAGAAUUUUGUAAUCAUUGCAUACCAUUUAUGUAAGUAAAGAUCUGUAGUUCCAUUUGCUCACUGUCUAUGGCUUGCUUAUAUAUAGAAUGCCAUCUAACUAAGCUAUGCACUAUCUUCUUUUGCCAAGUGAGUAGCGACGAAACAAAGCUACCAAUAUGGUACAAAUGACGAUGGUGUGGCUAGUUCUACUAGUUUCAUUGACUGCAACAACAAUUGCAUCAGCUGAUGACAGAACAACAUACAUAGUUCACACCAAUAAUUCUAAAAUCGUUGAAUUAAAGAGUCUAAGAAGGCAACCGCGAGAAUGGUAUGAAUCAGUUCUAAAAUCUAUUAAAAACCCAGCUUCUCAAGAUGAAGAAGAUUUAAAUUCAUUGGCUCCUGAGCUUCUUUAUACUUAUGAAACUACAAUGACUGGUUUCGCUGCCAAGCUUACCACGAAACAGGUUCAAUCCUUAAAUAAUAUUGAUGGGGUACUUCUUGUAAGUCCUGAUGUGAUACUAAGCCUUCACACUACAUAUUCAACCCAUUUUCUCGGCCUUGAGUUAAGCCGAGGAUUAUGGAAUGAAUCUAGUUUGCAAUCGGAUGUAAUAGUAGGUGUUCUUGACACUGGAAUUUGGCCGGAACACAUCAGUUUUCAUGACAAAGGAUUGUCCUGGGUUCCAGCAAGAUGGAAAGGUGCUUGUGAGAAAGGUGCAAACUUUUCGGCCACUAACUGCAAUAAGAAACUGAUCGGUGCAAGGGCAUUUCUCAAAGGGUAUGAGGCAAUAAAUGGCAGAAUCAAUGGCACGGAUGACUUUCGGUCUGCCAGGGAUUCCAACGGUCAUGGGACACACACUGCAUCUACUGCAGCAGGGAAUAUGGUUCCUGGAGCUAGUCUCUUUGGAAUGGCUAAGGGUACCGCCAGUGGAAUGAGAUUUACGUCAAGAAUAGCAGCAUACAAGGUCUGCUGGGACAGGGGCUGUGCGAGCUCAGACAUAUUAGCUGCCAUAGACCAAGCAGUUGCAGACGGAGUUGAUGUGCUAUCUCUUUCCCUUGGAGGACUUCCAAGGCCUUAUUAUCUGGAUAGCAUGGCAAUAGCAGCAUUCGGAGCCAUUGAAAAGGGUGUUUUCUUCUCAUGCUCUGCAGGAAAUUCUGGCCCAAUCCCUUCAACUGUAGGCAAUAUGGCUCCAUGGAUGAUGACUGUCGCAGCUAGCUACAUCGACCGAACUUUCCCUACUAAAGUAAGCUUAAGUAAUGGAAAAAAUUUCAAGGGAUCAUCUCUUUAUUCCGGUGCAAAGAAGACAAAAGAACUCCCACUUGUCUACAAAGAAACAGCAGGAGGUAGAAAGGCUGAGUUUUGCAUCAACGGUUCCCUAUCUUCGAGCCUAGUAAAAGGCAAGAUAGUACUCUGUGACCGUGGUUUAAAUGGCAGAACCGAGAAAGGUUUUUUCGUAAAAUCAGCUGGAGGAGCAGGGAUGAUACUGCUUAAUAGCCCUACUCAAGGGGAAGAGCUUUUCGCCGAUCCUCAUAUUCUGCCAGGCACUACCGUAGGAGCUUCAGCUGCAAAUGCCAUCAAAGGGUACUAUCUUCAAAACAACAACCUAACAGCAUCGAUAACAUUCUAUGGUACGAGAUAUGGAGCACGGGCCCCAGUAGUGGCAGCCUUCUCAUCUCGAGGUCCAAGUCUCGUGGACCCUUACGUCAUAAAGCCAGACAUAACUGCCCCUGGAGUAAACAUUCUAGCUGCAUGGCCUCCGAACAUAGCACCAACCGAGCUAAAACAGGACACUAGAAGAGUGCAGUUCAAUAUAGUCUCAGGUACUUCAAUGUCUUGUCCUCACCUAAGUGGAAUAGCUGCACUAGUAAAAUCAGUCCAUAAAGAUUGGUCACCAGCUGCUAUAAAAUCCGCCAUUAUGACAUCUGCGUACACACACGACAACAAAAGGCAAAGAAUUUCCGAUGCGUUGGUAACAAAAAUUACCAAGUUUGCAACACCUUUUGCAUUUGGGUCGGGUCAUGUGAACCCAGAAAGAGCAUCAGAUCCGGGUCUUGUAUAUGACAUCAGUGCAGAAGACUACUUGCAGUAUUUAUGCAGUAUCAAUUACACUGAUGCUCAGGUCACCAUUUUGGCAAGAAAGAAGUAUAGUUGUCGAAAAGGAUCGAAAACACUUCAUCCGGGUGAUCUAAACUAUCCCUCUUUUGCUGUAAUAUUUGACGCUUUCAAAAAAGGAAAGACGACAUUUACUUACAAGAGAACAGUGACAAAUGUAGGAACUCCUAAGAUAAGUUACAAGGUCUUUGUAGAUAAACCUAAAAAUGUUAAGGUUAGUGUUAAACCUGAUGUUUUGAGCUUUAAUAAACUGGGUCAGAAGCUGAGUUAUAAGGUAAGUUUUACUGGGUCUGGAGCAAAUAUUACUACCAGAUCAGGAAUUUCAUCCUUUGGAUCAUUGAUUUGGGUAGGCGGGCAUUAUAUUGUUGGAAGUCCUAUUGCAGUCACUUGGCAGUAAACUGAUAAAGAUCACUCUUUCUGUUUUUACAGAAUCUGGAGAUUUACUGGUUAUUCUGACAUUCUCAUUGUAUUGAUUCAACUGGUAAUAAUUUAUUUGGAAUCAUAGGUUAUUUUGAGAUCCUCACUGUAUUGAUUCAAUUGGUAGUUGUUGAUUUGGAAAGCUGAUUAUUUGUGUCUGUUUUUAUGAUCAAUAUUUUGAUUUUUCUUUUGUUUGUAAUUCAUGUAAACCAGAUAUUUAGAAUGUGCAAGUUAGUAAUCUUUUACUAAUUCAUUCAUUUUGUUUUCAAACCUUCACACAAUGCAGCCAAUGCGAUGAGCAUAACCGGCUACUCGAUUCGCCAGAGUUUCCUUGUUGAUUGUGAUAUGAUAUUUCUUAAUCUAUUCUAAU